CUGACUGAAUGAACGCAAAAAAGUGAACGACAUAAAAUGGAGUUUUGUUGUUGAUUUUUGGCAAAAGAAGUUUUUGUACAUUUUAUACAAUUUUAUCGGCUUGCACAUGUUCCGCAGAUGAGAAAAGGUGCGCCAGAGUGUCUAGUGUAUAUAAUGUUUGUGAAUUAGAAUCAAAAUUUGUUGAGAAUUCGGUAAUUGAGAGAGAAUUUCGCGAAAAAAAUGUCACGUCACAGAAACGUGAGGUCACUGGACUACAAGGAAGAAUACGAUGGCUAUGAAGAUGUUUUUGGACAUUCAGUGGACGAGGAGGGAUGCAUCUCGCCCACAGACGCGCAACAAUGGAUUUACGAUCGAGCUCGUGGGCAACAGAGCAUUGCAAACUUUAUGGCAUCGAAUCGGGAUAUCCAGGAGGAAGAUGAGGGUCGGGAGGAUGUAGAGGAGGAGCGUGAACUGCAGCGGAGAGAUUCGGAGAGCUAUCAGCUGCCUGAUUUGCCGGACGAGGAGAUGGGGCGUCUCAUGUCGUGUAUGGACGAGAUCCGGAGCAUUGUGGGGGAUUCCGUGGUGACGGAAAAGAGGCUCGUUGAGACAAUCAUGCACUUUAGCUAUGACAUGACAAAGGCACUGGAUGCAAUUCUCAAUCCCACAGACCAGACGACGCCAGAUGCAGCAAUGAUGGCGAGAGCACCCGAGAAGGAGACGACGAACGCACACAUCGAGAAAGGCGUAGGGCCGCGACUACAGGAGAAAUUCGCAAAGCCAUCGACAGCACCCACUGUUACAAUCACCCCAACACCGGAUCGAACGACCGUAAAGAGGGGUUUCGAUGUGAAUUCCCCAAAUGUGCAAUCCCCAGUAGUGUCUGGGCGGAAUACACCGGAAAUUGGGGGGGAUGAGGGACGAACCCCCAGCCGUACUGGUGCCAAAGAGAAUCAUCAACGCAAUGCCCAGGAGAUGUACCAGAAGGAACGAAAGUCCGGCAAGAGCAACAUCCACAUGGUGGUGAUUGGGCAUGUGGAUGCCGGCAAGAGUACCCUCAUGGGGCAUCUCCUCUUUGACUUGGGCAACGUCCCACAGCGAAUGAUGCACAAAUACGAACAGGAGAGUAAGAAGGUUGGCAAGUCCAGCUUCAUGUAUGCCUGGGUGCUCGAUGAGACAGGCGAGGAGAGAACCAGAGGCAUAACAAUGGAUGUUGGUAGCUCAAGAUUUGAGACAGACAACAAAAUUAUUACACUCUUGGAUGCUCCUGGCCAUAAAGACUUCAUUCCCAAUAUGAUUUCCGGAGCAACUCAGGCUGAUGUGGCACUUCUCGUUGUGGACGCGACUACGGGGGAAUUCGAAACGGGUUUCGAAUCUGGCGGGCAGACUCGUGAACAUGCUCUUCUGGUGCGAUCACUCGGUGUAUCUCAGCUAGGUGUGGUUGUCAACAAGCUGGACACGGUGAACUGGUCUCAGGAGCGUUUCGAUGAGAUUGUGGGAAAGUUGCGGGUCUUUCUCAAACAGGCGGGCUUCAAGGAAGCCGAUAUCACCUAUAUUCCCUGCUCGGGGCUUACUGGGGAGAAUUUGGUGAAGCCCCCGUCCGAUGAGAAGCUCACUCGGUGGUACAAAGGACCCACUCUUGUCAAUGUUAUCGAUAACUUUAAGACUCCAGAACGUUCAGUGGAGAAGCCAUUCAGGAUGUCAGUGAGUGACAUUUUCAAGGGAACCGGAUCAGGGCUGUGCAUUUCGGGACGAAUUGAGACGGGAGUGGUGUGUCUCAAUGACAAAGUCCUCGUGUGCCCAUCGCGGGAGCAGGGCCAAGUGAAGAGUAUCCAAAUUGAUGAAGUCUCCCAAAAUUCCGCCUUUGCCGGCGAUCAGGUGAGCAUCACGCUUUCCGGGGCAGACAUAUCAAACAUCUCAGUGGGGCACAUUAUCUGCGACAUGGCGAAUCCCGUGCCCGUUGCCACGAGAUUCCGUGCCAGGAUAAUCGUCUUCAAUGUCCGCGUGCCCAUUACGAUCGGCUUUCCCGUUCUCCUGCACCACCAAUCGUCCAUUGAGCCCGGCAGCAUUGUGAAGUUGAAGGCGCAGCUGCACAAGGGAUCGGGGGAGGUGAUCAAGAAGAAUCCUCGCUGCCUGGGCAAUAAUUCGUGCGCACUGGUGGAGAUUGAGACAGUAAAACCCAUCUGUGUGGAGAAAUACUCGGAUAUAAAGGAGCUUGGCAGGAUCAUGCUUCGUGUGGGCGGUGUCACCAUUGCCGCUGGUCUCAUUACGGAAAUUGUUAAAUAAUAAUCUUUUUUUUUUUGGCCAAUAAAAUUUUUUUUCCUCAAAAA